GGGGUCUAGGGGGUCGGUGGAUGAAACCAUUGACUGUUGGUGCGUUCCAGUUGAAAAUUCCAACUCGGAACUUGCAACACUGGUAGUUUAAAUACCACACGGAGGGAACAGAUGGAGAUGGCAGUGAAUGUACCCCCAAAUGCACCGGAUUCAUUAAAACGCUAUGAGGUGCUGGGUUUGCUCAAUGAAUCUUUACAGACAAAUUUCACCAACGUGGACCAAGUAUGCAGAGACUCUUCCCAGCCCCCAGAACAGAAACAAGAGAUUAUUGGGACCAUGAAUGGCAAGGCAUCGGAUGACGAAAAACCAAGGGACAAUUUGGACAAGAAUGCAGAUGCGAUAUUGGUGAUAUCAGAUGACGAUGAUGACGAUGUGGUGGAAGUGAUAAUAGGGCACAAUUUAGAAGAAGUGCAUUCAACUUUGAAAGAUGUGAGUGAUCAGGGUCAGUCAAAAGUAGUGAAGUCUGAUGCACUGAAAGCAGAGGCAGACAGGGGAAGUCAAGGAAAUAGGUUUGACAGCAAUGAUAAUUUGGUGCACUUUAUCCAGAAAUACUGCUCUGAUUAUGUGGAUGCAGUCCAACCAAAAGAAAUCAUCCAGGCCUGUUCUGAUACACCUUACUGCCUCUAUCUGUAUGUUGGGGUGGAACUGGACGGAGGACAAAGUACAAGUGUUGUUCUGAUUGGCUAUGUUGACCAGAGCUCAGGCAUUAGUGCAGUGAGGCUGCUGUGCACUCUGAAGAUGAGUUUUGAUACCACUGAUGAAAAAAUCUCACACACGGACACUGUCAGGAGAAUGCACCCAGCAAUUUCUGAUGCACGUCUUCUGAUUGAAACGCUCAAAGCGACUGGUCUUACUUGGUCCAACCUUUCCCUCUUUUAUUGUAACGCUCCACACCCAGAGGUGAGUCGGGUGUUCGUGUCCUCCCUCCAGAGUUUCAACCCUAGAUUUAUAUCACUCUGCGGGCUCCAUGGGAUGACAGGGAGAACCUGCCAGGCUGGAGUCCUGGCUUCCUUUAGCCACGUGGUCGACCUGAUUAGAGACGUCUAUCAUCACUACUCCGCCUGCCCUUCCAUUAGUUUGUCAGAGCUAUUUUCUGAUGCAGAAUCUUACAACCCAUCCCAUCCCAUCUCAGCACAGUGCCUAGCAUUUAUCCGCACUGUGCAGAAGAUGGUCAGCUGCUGGAGGGAUUUGGUGGAUUAUUUUAAACGAACAGUGGGUGCCGACCAGAUCAGAACCCAGCUGAUGGAUCCUAAAGUCAAGCUGCAUUUCCUGUUCCUCUCAGACACGUUGGAGCCCCUCAGAGCUCUCCAAGAAUUACACCAGAGCGAUACUGCGGACAUGGCUGUGGAGCUCCAGCUGACCUCGAUGCUGGUUAGCUCCUAUGCAGCCAGCAUCUUCCAGCCAGCCACCAUUGAGCGCUUUCUCAUGUGGCGAUAUGUGCACCUGCUCUACAGUGAGAAGGACCUACUCCCCAUGGCAGAGGUCAAUGUGGGUGUACAAGCAAAAAACUUCCUGUGGGCCACCCCUGUUGUGGAUCUGGGGGAAGCGGACAGGGCUCACUUCCAGAAGGAUGCACAGUCUUUUUAUAAAGCGGCGCUGCAGAGUCUAGUGACGAGCAUUCCUGGACAGUUUGGAGAUGUGGCACUGAGGAAUAUUGGCAAACUGCUGAAACAUCCUGAAAAUAUCAGUGAUAAUAAGUUGCCCAGGCAUGUCGUGUCAGAUUUGGGGUAUCAGCUGGGCCUGUGCUUUGGCAAUUCUUCACGAUCACAGCAGCUGGCACGUGACUAUGUCACUUUCAUUCAGACUUUAAAGGACGAACCUAGGAGAAUGGAAGGAGAAACUCAUUGCUUGACAAAGUUGCUGCACAAAACAAAGAAGUACACUACUCUGCAUAGACUCUUCCUGACUAUCCUGGCCCUGCCAAGGUCUCUGCACAGGACACAUGUGUUUGCUAAGAUGGUCAGCAGCUCAAAGAUUACUCGUGACACAAAGAAAACUUCAAUAGACCGCAGGAGGAAACUGCCUGUUCAGGCAGCUUAUGGUCACAAGAAGGUCCAAGUGAAGCGUCAAGAGAGCUCCUCUGAGGAGGAAGACACUAUUGCUGCCAGACGCGUAUAUGUUCCUGUGAAAUGCUCCAGUACUAUGGAGGACUCGGGCGACACAGACAACUCCUCUGAUGUGGUAGAGGUUAAACAAAAGCCCAAACUACCUCGGCACCGCAGACGGAUCAAGUCAAAAGUGGUGACAAAACGAAACGGGAUGAAGGUGAGGAAGAACAUCUUCAAGAAAUCCUCAUCUAUUCGUGUCUCAUCCCACUCUGUGAGCAUAAAGCGACGCAUCAACACUGAGACUGAGUCGCCAAAUGUUGUUCCAGGCAAGAAGAGGGGCUACACUAAAGCUUACAGUAAAGACAACCCAACAGGCAGUGUGUACGUACAGCCUGACCAGAAACUGAGAGAGAUGACCAUUCGUAGGAUCAUGGACAUGAAUCUGGACAUUGAAGGCUUCUGUUUGUGUUGCGGAACUGAAGAAACUGAGAUAUUCCACCCACUCUUUAAAGGACGUCUCUGCUUGAAGUGUAAAGAUAACUUCAAAGAAACCCUGUAUCGUUACGACGAGGAUGGUUAUCAGUCCUACUGUACAAUCUGCUGCUACGGGAUGGAGGUCAUACUGUGUGGUAAUGAUAGCUGCUGCAGAUCGUUCUGUGCAGACUGUCUGAACAUCCUUGUUGGUCCAGGGACGUUUGAAGCACUGACCGUGGUUGACCCGUGGAUCUGCUACUUGUGUAAACCUCAUCAGGCUCACGGGGCUUUAGUUCCCAGGGACGACUGGAGCACUCGCGUUCAGGAGUUGUUCGCCAACAACAGUGCCAUGGAAUUUGAGCCCCAUCGCGUCUACCCUUCAAUCCCUGCCAACCUGCGCAGACCAAUUCGAGUGCUCUCAUUGUUUGAUGGCAUAGCGACAGGCUACCUGGUGCUGAAGGAUCUUGGCUUCAAAGUUGAGAAAUAUGUUGCCUCUGAGGUUUGUGAGGACUCGCUUGCUGUGGUGAUGGUCAACCAUGAAACGAAGAUCAUCCAAGUUGGUGACGUCCGGUCAAUCACAGAUAAACAAAUUCUGGAGUGGGGUCCAUUUGAUUUGCUGAUUGGGGGCAGCCCCUGUAAUGACCUCUCCAUUGUCAACCCGCUGAGGAAAGGCAUCUAUGAGGGCACUGGCCGGCUGUUCUUUGAGUUCUACCGCAUCCUUCAUCUGCUGAAACCCAAAGAGGAAGACCCCCGGCCGUUCUUCUGGCUGUUUGAGAACGUGGUCUUCAUGAACACACAUGACAGAGUCAACAUCUGCCGCUUUCUCGAGUGUAACCCUGUGCUAGUGGAUGCAGUCAAAGUGAGCCCAGCGCACAGAGCUCGGUACUUCUGGGGAAACAUCCCAGGGAUGAGCAGGCCCAUCAUAGCCUCCCAGAGCGACAAGCUGAACCUCCAGGACUGUUUAGAGAUUGGUAGAGAAGCCAGGAUGACGAAGGUGAGGACAAUCACCACUAAUCCAAACUCCCUGAAGCAGGGCAAAAAUGUGUCUCUGCUGCCUGUCCUCCAUAACGGCAAAGAGGACAUUCUGUGGAUCACUGAGCUAGAAAGAAUAUUUGGUUUCCCCAAACAUUACACCGACGUGAGGAACAUGAACCGGCAGCAGAGGCAGAAGGUGCUGGGGAAGGCGUGGAGUGUGCCGGUCAUCCGUCACCUCUUUGCUCCUCUGAAGGACUAUUUUGCUUGUGAGGAGCUGACUCCUGUGACCACAUUCAACACAUCUAUAUCCAAUCCUUCCCCCUCCCCGUCCCCCCCUGCUUCCCCAGAACUGCAGCAGUUGCGGUAGGGGACACUGGUCAUGUUUUGUGUAUACAUAUAUAGUAUUUGUGGGUUUUAACACCACAUUUUCCUUUGUUUUUCCUUCUUAAUACAUGAUGUUUUUAAGACACUUUCAGACUGUCCUUUUCCCCAAAUGACUGUGAUACUAGCUAGUGACACGUUGGCCUAGAAGACUAAACAUCAAUUAAAAUAUAGUGGCAGUGUCCUAAAUGGUAAUUCACUGUUACCCUCACAAUAGUUGUUUCUUAGUGUUCGCUGCUGUCAUAACAACUUCCCCAGAAGGACUAUUUUGCCUUGGCAACACUUAAAUACCUCAUACACCACAGCUACAUUUUAUUUAAAACAUAUGAAAUUGCAUAAGGAGUCUAGCUGCUUUACUGUGAAAAACAGCUUGGUUUACUUUACAUUCCUUUUCCAGUGUUUUCCAGUGUACUUCAUUAAUAAGUCUAUGUAUAUCAGAAGAAGAAAAUGUCUUGUUUAUUCUUGUUUCAUCUAUUGUAUAUUUCUAUGGUCAAUUAUGUGUUUUCAGGAGAACUCUUUGAAUUAUGUGGAUUAUUACUGCUGCAUUGUGUGUGCUGCGUGGCCUGUGUGUACAGGUGUGUUUGCACUGCCACUUUGACAGCAGCAAAACUAUGAUAGACCCAAAGAUCAGUUGAUGUUAUUUUUCUUGUCCUUAUAAUGACAAAGCCAUACUGAACCAUGCUGAUACCUGCUGAGUCAUUUUUGUUUUACUUUGAACUGUGGACUUUGAUAGAUCUUCUAUUGCAGUGUGUGUAUUUUUAUACCUUUUGGGACAUUUUCACAUUUCGCUGAAAGAAAUGUAUAAAUGUCCACAUGAUGACUACAUGAAUUCAUCUCCUUGUGUUAUAAGGUCUUGUUAUUGUGCAUGCUGGCUCACUGUCAGGACUUGCAGGGACACUUGAUGAGAAAAGAGACAUUGUUAAUGUCUUCAGUGUUUUUACUACUUUUCCUAAAUGUGUCCUUUAUCUCUAAGGAUGAGGCAAUACAUAAAACACAGUCAGUUCCCUAUUAACCGUGUUUAAUUUUUCCAUAUCGUAACGCUGUAGAAGAUCCAACCCAAGACUUUGGCUCCCAUUAUGGUUGGUAUUAUGGCCUCAAUGUAUUACUUUAACCUGUAACUGCUCAGAACUGACAAAUGAUUGAAUGUAGCAGUAACCAUAUCAAAAUUUUAAGAGUGAUUUUUUUUAAUGCUUCUUGUCCAAAUGAUUUUUUUUUUUUUUUUUGUAGAAUACCAAUACUGAUAUUGAUGGUGUAUCAUGAAUACAGGUUUUUAAAUGGGUAACAUUUUUGUGCAUAACAGCAGACUCAAGAACAUGUCAAACUAAGCUUUUACUUGUAUCAAUGUUUGAACACAAAACAGUGUAUAUUUUUGAUCAACUGUCUGAAUGAAAAUCAUUUCACAGUAAUAAAAUAAA